AUGUUACGUAGAUAUAGCUCGAAAGAUCUCGAUAGUUUGACUUUAGGACAACAUAAGACGAUAGGAAGUAAUUCAAACUGUGAUAUCAUUAUACAAUCUGAUGGUGUUGCUCCAACACAUGCAAUCAUUGAGUUUCAUUCAUUAACUAACAGUUUCUGGAUCAAAGACUUAUCCUUAGUUUCAGAAACGAAAGUUAAUGGUAUUCCAGUGUUAGGACAGGUCCAAUUAACCACGGGUGAUUUGUUACAAUUUGGAAUGUCACAACCUUUAAUUUUCGAAAAUAAUCAGAUAUUUUCUAAAAGCAUUGACUCGCGAUUCAAUCAAUCAGCUGAUACUGCCAUACUACCGGUUGUUGGGAAACAGAUUGUUCCCCAACAAUCGUCUGCUCGAGUAUUAGAGAGUCGACAGAGAGUGCGAUCAAACUCCAAACGAUUUCAGUACAAUCGAGAAGGAGCAUCUUCACGAGGAUCUCUUGAUAACUACUCGAAUGCUCACAGUCCACAGAAUGAAAACGCUAGUAUUGAGAUAGUCUCCUCAACGAGAAAUGCAUCUGUCGGAAAUAAUCUCCUACAGAGGGUCAUCCGCUUGCAAGCUGAGAUAGCGAGAAAAGAUGAAGAGAUUCUCUUGCUAACGAAGAGAUUACAAGAAGACGAUGUAACCUACUCUAACAUGGACUUCACCUCGAUGAACACUCGUUUGGAGAUACCGAACAAUCGGCAGGAUGAGAAUCGUUGUUUCGAACUUGAUAUGUACAGAGCUUUCAUGAAAAUCCUGGCGACAAAGCUUCAUAGCUUCAAUAAUCGAACUCUUUCCCACCCAACGAGAGACUACAGCGAUGUGUUCUCUAACAUCUAUAGAACGUUAGAUGAUAACUUCUCUAGUAAAAUGAUGGAGAUCGCAGCUGAAUGUGACAGCUAUCUCGAAAAGCUUGGCUAUAACACCCUACAGCGUAGUCGAUUGAAAAGUCUUCUGGAAGAUCAGAAGAAGGAAAGCAUUUCCUCUUUGGCCUCAGAAUUGGAGGUGAUACUACCCGUCAUCAAGGAUUGUUCGUCCAUAAGCAAGGAUUGUAUUAGAGCUUGCUCUGUUUUUACUGAUUGGAGUCGAGAACAAGGAGAUUUGAUCUUGAACAGCCCGAAGAUCCGGAGUUCAAUGCUGAAUAGUUCAAUCAAAGACUUGAAAGACGAAUUUUCAAAGGCUCAAAUGAGUCGUCAUUGGCUCAUUCCUAGCUUAACUCCCUUUCUUCAACUGAUUUCAUUGGAUUUGGAAAAGAGGGAAAAGGGAGUGGAGAAAUCUGUUCAGACAGAAGUAGAAGGCGAGAGUCGCUAUCCUUCAUCUCGAAAUUCUCAAGAAAUAUCCGAAGAGAAAACUUCCGACAUCGACUUUCUUCUCAACUCUGCAGAGAAUUUAAUCAAGAAUCUCACAAGAAUAGUAAACAAGGGGGUGAUAACGAAGACGGAAAACCUCGAUGAACGUAUUGACAAUCUCAUAAAAUUACUCAAAAAUUGUAUGAAAAGAAAAAGUAUAAUAUCCAUUGAAGUUACGACGAAGGACAUAUUGGAAGGUUUGCGACACAUGCGGAGAAAUGAAAGCUUCCCGAACAUGACAAGCGAAGAUGAUGACGAAAAUGAUGAAAUGAACGAUGCCGACAGCGAAUUUGAGGAAGAGGAAUUUGCUCUAACUGACCCAUCUUUCCAUACUUUCCCGUAUAAAGAGAGGAUAUCGACCAUUUACGAAGAAAACUCUGAUGAGAUGGAACACGAACGUAAAAAAUCCGAAGUCUAUAACAACACACAGCCGAGGAUUUCCAUUACAUCAGAAAUCAUUGAUGCUCUGGACAUGGGAAUGAAACCAAAAUCACCCCCUGCUCUUCCACCUCCACCUUAUGAUGAUGGUGUUAUGAAAGAUUAUUCACAACCUCCGCCAUUAGCUUCCGACUCAGAUUCGGAAGAAGAAAAAACUGCAGGAGUUGUUAUCCAAGGCCAAGAUACUGAUUCUACCCGUUUGAAAAGAGAGCUGUCAAAAGACUUGAAGAAUACAGACUCUCCAUCAUCCAAACAUAUCUUGAAGAGCGCUUCUGCUCGUCCAAAAACAACUUCGAAUCACAGAGUUAGGAUCAUGUCGUUCACAGAAGAUGAAGAACGCACGGUUCCGGAGAACCUUGAUGAUCAAAGUAAAACGAAAAGAGUUCGUUUAGUUCGUCCGAAAUCAGCAACAGUUGAGAAGCAUCGUUAUCGGUUGGAGAAACAGAAGAGGGGAAUAUCAUUAUCACAGUCACAUCCAAAUUUUCUUGGAACGAUCGAGGAAGAGCACUUAGAUUUAGACUUUUUGGCUUCGAAAGGAUUCGAAUUGACGGAUGAAUUCCUUGAGAAGCUCAGGAAUUCAUUGAAACUUGAGCACGCACAAUGUGAAAACGGUGUCCAACAUACCAAUUGUGUCUUGGAUAUGGCGAAGAAGCUCAAAAAAGAAAAAAUGAAUGUGAAGCUGUUCGAGGCCCGCAAAGAAGCCACUCAGAAUUUGACCAAUUGGUUCGAUCAUUCAGAUAAACCUCAAAACAUUUGUGAGAUCUCACACAGUGCUCACAUACAAUCCCAUAUCAAUACUUCGACUACCCAGCCAAUCGUUGUACAAGCUAUCCCCGUUCGUUCCUACGUCUUCUCUUCACCUCCUAAACUUCGGAAAAAACAGAAGUCGAUGCCCAUGUUAGUUCAGCCAAGAAUGCAAUUUUGA